AUGGAUACCGAUUUUGGAUUGGAUUCGUCGGAACCGUUAGAAAACACAAGAACUCAACGCAAAAGAAGAAGUUCUUUAUUCGGGAAACAAAGCAAUGGAAACGCGAAUCCAAUUCCCGAUUCUGACGAUGCGUUCGCUGAUAAGUCCGAUAUAUCUGCCGUUCCUCCGUCAGGCUCUCGACCCCGACGUCUGGCCACUUGGGCUGACGACUCAUCCGAUGAGAUCCAACAGAUCCGCAACAUUCAGAUGUCGGCCAACAAACAGAAAAUUAUGGACAGUUCUGACAACGAAGUGACGCCAAUGAUUCCCGAUCUCCAAGAAGUCAAUGAUUAUGAGAUGACACAAACAGUGGCCGAACCGCCGACGGCUCACAAUAAGAUCAUUAGUUUCAAAGAGUUGGACAAAAAUCUAUUAAAAGAGUCGGCCUUCACAUCACUCGAUGACAUCGAUUUGACGCCUUUGACCCGUUUCUGUCUACCAGAGGGUCAGGUCAGGGAGGAGGACAUCACUUGGAGUUGGGAUCACCUCAUGUCUGACAUCACUUCGGCCCUAACCACUGACACCGACACUAAUGUCUAA